AUGAUGAUCAGGAAAGUUUUCUCCGCGUAUUUCAACCGGGCGAUUUUCGGGAAAAUGAGGAACACGGUGAAUUUCGAUGAGAUAAAAGCCAUGGCGAACGAUCCCAGCGUUUGGAUAGUCGACGUCCGGAACCCGGACGAAGUGUUCUCGACGGGAGGAAUCGGAAAUUGCAUCAACAUUCCAGCGACUAACGUUUCGGAGGCUUUGAAGGACCACGAAUCAUUUAAGGACAAAUUCGGUCGAGCGGUCCCCACGCACGAAGACACUGUAAUAUUUUACUGCAGAAGCGGGAAAAGAGCGCAGAAAGCCUGGGAGGACGCCAACGCGUUGGGAUUCCAAAACGCCAAAUAUUACCCCGGCAGCUAUCUGGAAUGGUCGAGUAAACAAUCAGAAAAUUGA